AUGGUGUGUUCUCUGUGUUUUGGAAGUCUGAUUUUCCAAGGUUUUAGUCAGCAAAACAAGAACACCCAGAAUUCCAACUGGGAAACUCUGGGUUUGUGGAACAUCCCUAAGCUCAGAUUCCGAUAUGGCUGCCUAACAUAACGCUUAAACUUGGUGAAAUAUGAAGGCAUGAAUAGCAGUUUUAACAGUUUGUCUUAUAUUAAAUAAGUGUCACACAUAUUAGUAGAUACAUUUGUGUCAGUUUGAAUUAUCAGCAGUUGCUCCAAAAGGAACUAACAAAAUUAUUCUGGUUAUCUGACAGUCUGUGGAAAAGGAAACGGUUUUACCUGCCACCUUCAAAGGGUGGUUCUAGACAAGGGCCAACUGGGGCCCCUGUACUGAAGAGAUAAUACUAAAUCUUUUUCUCAUGGUGAAAUGCUCUAGAACAGAAACAGUAGGUAAUUGGUUCUCUUUCACUAGUUUAAUCUUUUAUCUUUACAGUUUCCCUUUAACAUUGAAUUAGAAAUGAAAGUAUCACAAGUAAUUGUGACUUGUGAUACUGGAUCACAAUUUUCAUCUGUUACAUCACGAGUCUGCAACCUGAUCUUGUAGACUCCUGAAGUGUCUCUUUGGCUCACUUUAUAUAUAUUUAUAUAUUAAAUGACAUAUUGACCUGUUUAUUUUUAUUUUAUUUUAUUGUCCUUUAUUUUGUUCUGUGACCCCAUAAAAAAAAGACUGUGCCUCUGGUAAAUUUGGUUUAGAACUGCCACCAUGUUAAGGUAAACCCUUUAGUAAUAGUUUGGUAAUCUUUUAUGUCCAUCAAAAACCAGUACUUAUCUAUUGCUUAUUUUUAACAUGGAGGAUAAACUAUAUGUGGAAAGUCAUCAUAAGAAUUUAUUAAAAUUUGGACAAGUACAUUUUAAGAUUUGUUUGAAAUCUAACUAGGUUAUUUAAGCAUGUGAAGCAGUAAAAUCUGGUUAUUAUGUUCUCAAAUGAAAUGUUUGUGAAACAUCAUAGCAAUUAUAUAAAUAAAAUUCUAGCAGUUUGUUUGGUCAUUGAUGAAAAAUAAAGACUUUCAUUUCACUGCAGUGUCAAGGUGACUGACAGUAAUAAUAAUAAAGCGAUACCUGGUUACCCUGAAGUCACGAUGCUCUGUUGUUGCAGUUUUUCUUCCUUUUUGCUCAUUAAAAUGUGGUGUUACGUCUCAUUAUCCUGCCUUACGUCAUGAAUCCGCUCUCUGUCCGUCACGCUCCUGAGAGGGUAAAUAGAGCAAACAACGCACAUCUGGUUUUCAUAUGAAUCCCGCAUCUCGUCCCGCGUUCAUGGCGCAGCGGGGAUAUGAUACAUCCAACGGAUUCACACGUCUAGAAAUAGCACUGAAACGCGAAAUGUCUUUUUUUUUUAUAAAAAAAAAAAAAUUAUGUUUAAUUUGUAAAAUAAAAUCAAAUAUAUUCUGUGUAUAUAAAGUGAAAAAAUGUCUUUGAAAGCCGAGUGACUGCGUCACGUUUGACUCCUUGGACUGUAUGCUACAUUUAAAUGAGUCAUUGUACAGUGUAGGGCUAUGUUUCUAUCUUAAUAAUCAAGGUGUUUUUCCAAAGGGCGACUUCUUAUGUUUUGAAGACUUAUACCCCCCUUUUUUGAAUAAAGGCUCCUUUCAUCCAACCGCAGCGUUUGUGCCACCACUGAGAGACUUUGCGUUUCAGGAGUCGGAACAAUUCCCGAUUUGUUGUAAGAGAGCCGAAUAGCAGGGAAUGUUUAAAUAGAAAAUAUGAGCCUAAAUGACUCUUUCUGUAAGAGGCGCAGGGAAAGGAGAAAUAUAUAUUUUGUGACGCUUUGUGUUUCAGUUUGUUGUGGAAAUGCAGCCUAGAUUGUUUCCUUUUAUUCUGGCGUUUCCGAUCUGUGACUCCAGGGUUAAGCGUGUCUUCGCAAUUGUUGCUUCCCUCUCAAUCGUGCAGGGAGAUGCUGGUCAGCAUGUGGCACGCCUCAGUGUACGAAAUCAAAAAAAAAUAUUCCCCAUCUUUCGAGCGAAUCCAAAGGGCCCCGGCAUUUGGUUUUGUUUGGUUAAGGCCAGGCGAGACUGGAACUCUCCAAUAAAAAUAAAUCUCAAAUUAAUUAUGGCCUAGAGCGAGGGGCCAGACAGUUCGUGCUUCUAUGUGCUGCAGACUCCAGUUUUUUUUCUUCUUCUUCUUCUUUUUUGCCUUCAGUAUUUUGACUCGGGUAAAUGCCUUUUAGCCUGAGAGCAGGAAUGAUCUGAAUACAAGUCUGCAGUUUAAUAAACAGGAGCAAUGCCUGGCUUACAUGGACUGAGGAUUCUUCGACUUCGGAAUUGCGGUUAUUUUUCUUGAAUACUACCUAUGUAUUUUACCAUGUUAAAAAUGUCUAAAGGUGGUUAUAAAAAUGUCAAAACAAAAUGGGGCUAUAUAAAACAAAGGGAUUUUAAAAAAAGCAACAGGAGCCGGUUAAUGUUGUGAGAUACAACAUCAUGUCAGUUUUCCAUACCUUUCAGCUCUUACCACAUAUUUAUUUAAGUUGAAGAAGAAAAGAUGGGCUCACAACAAUUGAAAGGCUGCUGCACAUACAAACUCACCAAAGUGUCCGCCCACCUCUGGCUUGCAGCCUCCGUGCUGAGACAGAGGAGCUACUGGCUGGUGGUGUAAGAAGAAAUGUCUGGCUGUCUAGUUCCAGCGUCAAAGCCAGAUGUUCUGUGGUUCACUGUGUAAACCAACUCGCAUCUGUUUAUUGGCCUUCUAAAAUGUUUGUUACCGCUUUAUUCAUUAUGAUCUUGGGAGUUCUCGCUCCCUCAUGUCGUUUUGAUAAGAUUUAUGACUGGAAUGAUGGAUUUUCUUGUAAAAUAAAGGAAGUUUGCUUUUAAAACAAUUAUUUACAGGUUGGUAAGAUUUGGUUUGACAAGAAAAGACAAUGUUUUGGGAGGUGAAACAAGAUGAUUUGUGUUAUUCAAACCCACUUAAAGUUGGCAUGAAGAGUGUAAGUGAGAGUAAAUUUGGCUUUUUAUAAUUAAGGUAUAUUUACAAAAAAUGAAACUGUUAAAUUUGUAGAGGCUUUAAAUUAUAAGCAUGCAAUGCAGUUCCAAAGUUGUUGGGCACCCCAAGCAAAAUUUCCUUUAGGAGCCACAAUUGAAAUUCAUAAAACGGAAGUUGGCUUUAGGUUUUUAAUAGCUAUAAGCCAUAUUCAUCAAAAUUAACAGAAGUAAACAAUUUAACAUAACACUAUGUGUCUAAUGUAUCUGUAUAGCUAUGUGUUUCAGAUUUUAAGUAGAUUUUUGAUAUUAUUAUAUUUCAUUUAUAAGCACCAUAUGAGCACAAUUGGUGCUUUUCUCAACUUGCCAUCCUUUUAAGCCCAAAGACCUGCAGGGGGGCUUUUAGCUGUUGCAAAGUUUGCUUAUAGCUCAGUUUGACCCUGUUGGCAUGGACUGGCAUAAGAUUCCUACAUGUAGGAUUAAGUAAACAAUUAUGGUAUCAUUGUAUUUACAGACAUUUAAAAUAAAAAUCCAUAACAUGAUUUCAUUGUUUUUAAUUAAAAAUCAAUCAAUUAAUUAAAAGUGAAAGACAAAAAAGUUUUUUUUUAUUGCUAAGAUGAAUAGCAUGUUGAAUUACACAGUAAUAUGGAAUUUUCUUAAGCAAAACUAUAGAAUCUACUCUAGUAAAAUACUGUUGCUUGUUAUUUGCCAAAUUCUUUAUAAAGUGACUCAAGCAAAGUCAGUUUGAUGUAUGAGCAAACAUUGUGAAUGCUUGGAAGCCCCUGUUUGUUUAAGAGUCAAAAAAAUGGAUUGGAAUUCGCAUGCAAUGGGUUAACGAAUUCACCACCAUAUUAUAAAUGAUUGAAAACUUUAAAUAGUUAAAUAUUAUUGCUGCUUUAGUCUGAAUUAGGGUCACAUCUUCAUGGUAAUAGUUUGAUGUGUGUUUUCCUUAUUUUAAUUGAACUUCAUUUAGCUUUGCUUCUUCUUAAUAAUUUCACUCAGUCAAAAGGCUAAGCUGAAGGUGGGCAUAAAAUUGUAUUUAGCAGUUGGCCUCAGUUGACCUUGGGCCAGCCCUGCACACCAAUCAAAUCCUUCGAUCAAGCUGAUAUUAGGUAGUUAGUUAUUCAGGCUAUCUAUGAGAGGGAGGCAGUUGGGGCUAGGUAAUUUUGCAUGUUUGUUACAGCUAUGGAAAAACUUCUAUUGCUUCAAGACUUUCUCUGACACCUCAAAGAAAUCACUUUUAGGCAAAAUCUGAGUAUUUCUCUUAAACUUCACCAUAUCUUAAUACCAGUAUUUGGUUGUAGUUAGAUAGAUAGAUAGAUAGAUAGAUAGAUAGAUAGAUAGAUAGAUAGAUAGAUAGAUAGAUAGAUAGAUAGAUAGAUAGAUAGAUAGAUAGAUAGAUAGAUAGAUAGAUAGAUAGAUAGAUAGAUAGAUAGAUAGAUAGAUAGAUAGAUAGAUAGAUAGAUAGAUAGAUAGAUAGAUAGAUAGAUAGAUAGAUAGAUAGAUAGAUAGAUAGAUAGAUAGAUAGAUAGAUAGAUAGAUAGAUAGAUAGAUAGAUAGAUAGAUAGAUAGAUUGAUUUAUCUUUACACAGGUAGUCUCUCUAUGUCAAGAUGAUGCAAAAAAAAAAAAAAAAAAAAAACCACCACAGUUUGGAAUGUAAAGAAAAACAACAAAAACAAACAAAAAAAAAAAGCAAGAGAGUCACUAAAGAGUUAAACAAGGUGUCUCCCUUAAUUACUCGAGUCAGAGCUGGCCUCAGGCAGGAGAAGCCUUGACCCUUAGCAGGAUCCAGAUGUGGUGGUCCCAAGGGUGGGGGCCCAUGCCGCCUCGCCAGACCCCCAAGUGGAGUGCAGACAGGCCGGCCCUGCUGUCAGGGGCAGGCUCCAUUUGAGUCUGAGGGGCCGCUUCCCCACAGGCAUACUGCAAAAAAGUAUUCAUUAUUCUUAUCACUGGCUAAAUCACAAUGCGUUAUUAAACAUAGGAGACGAUGUGUGCUCACGCUUGUCCAACGAAAAACUCUGUUUCCCCUUCUGUAAUUGGACGUUGAUUUACGAAAAUAUAACAAUCUCAUUCCUUAAACUCUGUUGACAUGGUUUUUAAUUAAUUUGAUUAAAAUGCAGAUCUUAAACUCGGAAAACUGACCUUUCUUUCAGUGUCUCUGAAUACGUUCAGAAUCUGGACACGUUCAGAAUCUGGACACGUUCAGAAUCCUUCUCCCUCUUUAGAAUAUGCAUUAAAAUUGCGCUUGAUUUGAAGAGAACAUUUUGAAAGUGCAGACAAGGAAGAGGGGGGUGAAGUGCCUUCGGAGGGAAGGAUUCCUGACGUGAAUGUGCACAGACAAAUGUAGGAGUAAAUAAUAAUUAAAAUAAUAAUCAAAUUGAUUAAUUAAGUUCAUUUUGGUGCGCUUCUGUCUUUCUAUGUCUUUUUCCACAGAACACACGUUGCGGAGCAACUUUUAGCUCACAUCGCGGCAAAGAGCUGACUACUUGUAUUUUAGUAAUGUCAAAAGAACACCUAACAUAUCUGAUCGCAAAAAAGACAGGGGGAAAAAAGCAACCCACAAUAAAACCCUGUCAUAUCUAUCUCCUCAGUUUUGAUUUAGAGCUCAGUUGGCAUUGAGGGAAACAUCUGUCCACUCCCAGGGAUGAAAUGCAUUACUUCCACUAUGAAAUCCAGAGUAAAAUUGUGAAUAGGCUUGAUUUACUGGGGGAUGGAAGCAUGGCCAGAUGUGUCUGAAAUGUAGGCGUGAGUCAAAAAGCGCCCUAAAACAUUAAGUUCCAUAACUUAUAUUCAUUCGUAAAAAAAAAAGAAAGAAAGAAAAAAAAAAACUUCAAAUAAAAAAAAAGAAAUAUCUGGACAAAUAAACCCUUCUUCCACAGCAGCUGUGACAUUUCCGCCAGGGAAUAAAUACAUAACGCGCAACAAUAUCCUUCAGCCGGCACAACACUGCAAUGGCCGUGUGCAACGCAGGCAGCCCAGCCAUCCUGUAAAUAUUUCCGAGCAGAAAAACAUAACAGCGGAGCGAACACUCAAUUGUUUCCCUGCUUAUCUCUCUGGGACAGUAUCCUGCCUUUUUUUUCUUUUCUCUCUCUCUCUCUUUUUUUUUUUUUUUUUUUUUUUUUUUUUGAAGGCAGGACUUUCGGUGACACACAGCUUCCUUCUCAAACCUUCUCAACAGCGGUGACUUCACUUCCCAAAUUUAGAGGAAAGAAAAAAGUCAAUCCGGUAAAGAGAGAAAAAAGUGUCUCCUUCUCUCCGCCACAUAGUACCGGGGGGGCACUGGAAUUAACUCAGGAGCGUGUCAUGUUUGGGACAUCGUCGGGGUCCGCUGAAAAUUGGGCAAAAUGGACGGAACUAUUAAGGAGGCGCUAUCAGUGGUGAGUGAAGACCAGUCCUUAUUUGAGCCUCCAUACGCUGCUGCUGCCCCUCUCCCCAAAACAGACAUGACUGCAUCUGGCACACAGGACUACAGCCAGACCCACAAAAUCAACCCUUUACCCCCACAGCAGGAGUGGAUCAACCAGCCUGUGCGGGUCAAUGUCAAGAGAGAAUAUGAGCACAUGAACGGAUCCAGGGAGUCUCCCGUGGACUGCAGUGUGGGUAAAUGUAAUAAGCUGGUCGGGGCUAAUGACACAUCUCAGAUGACCUAUGGGAGCUAUAUGGACGAGAAGAAUGCUCCUCCCCCCAACAUGACCACCAACGAGCGGAGAGUCAUUGUACCUGCAGAUCCAUCACUGUGGUCUCAGGACCAUGUGCGGCAGUGGCUGGAGUGGGCCAUCAAGGAGUAUGGGCUGAUAGAAAUUGACACAUCAAUGUUUCAAAACACAGACGGCAAAGAGCUCUGCAAGAUGAGCAAAGACGACUUCCUCAGACUUACCACCCUGUACAACGCAGAAGUGCUUCUGUCUCAUCUCAAUUACCUCAGGGAAAGUAGCUCAUCAUUAUCCUACAAUACGCCAUCUCACACCGACGCAUCACCACGUUUGGCUGCCAAAGAAGAUCCAUCAUAUGAUGCUGUACGGCGGACAGGGUGGUCUAACAACAUGCACAGUGGCAAAGGCUCACCUGUAGUUCCUCAGAAUGUGACCAAGUCCACUGAGCAGGCCAGACCUCAGCCAGAUCCUUAUCAGAUUCUGGGCCCCACCAGUAGUCGUCUCGCCAAUCCAGGCUCAGGUCAAAUCCAACUUUGGCAGUUCCUCUUGGAGCUCUUGUCCGACAGUGCCAAUGCAGGGUGCAUCACUUGGGAAGGGACCAAUGGCGAGUUUAAAAUGACAGAUCCAGAUGAAGUGGCGCGACGAUGGGGUGAGCGUAAGAGCAAGCCCAACAUGAACUAUGACAAGCUGAGCCGUGCGCUGCGCUACUACUAUGACAAAAAUAUCAUGACGAAAGUGCAUGGCAAACGCUAUGCCUACAAGUUCGACUUCCAUGGUAUUGCUCAGGCACUGCAGCCACACCCCACCGAGUCAUCAAUGUAUAAAUACCCCUCGGACCUAGCCUAUGUGCCUUCUUACCAUGCCCACCAGCAGAAGGUCAACUUUGUAUCCCCGCACCCUCCAUCUAUGCCAGUCACCUCCUCCAAUUUCUUUGGACCCACUGCUCAGUACUGGAGUUCACCCACUGCAGGCAUCUACCCAAACCCAAACGUUCCUCGCCAUCCUAACACCCAUGUGCCAUCCCAUCUUGGUAGUUACUAUUAAAACAACUCACCGAUCAAUGACCAACUUUUUAAACCUACCUUCUCCCCCUACCAAAAUUGCUGAGCUGCACUCCUUGUAAUGCCAAAGACUGAACUGAUGGAAACAAACAUCUAAAGAAAUGCUGUUCCUCAAAGAAGAAUGAGUAAAUUGAAUAUUUUUUUGUGUGUAAGAAUUUAUAAAAACUGGAUACCUUGGUCUACAAUGGAAUACUACUUAUUACAACUGUUUAUAGAUGCACAUCUAAGUUUUCUGUGCCUGUCUUUCCCAUUGUCUUGAAAAUUUCAUCUAAAAGCCAAUACUUGUCCCAAAGCCAAAGGAAAGGUGUUGAGCCUGAUUGUGUCAGCCUUUUCCCCAUGCUACCUUACCAGACAUGGGCCUACCACUUAUGGGUCUCAAUUUAUGUCCUUUUCAGUACACCUUGCUUAAAAAAUCAGCUGUAGCCGCUUAUCGACUACCUUUUGGGGUUUUUCCACUGUUUUUCUUUGCUUUUCUGUUCAUCUUCUUGUUUAUUGUUACUUGUGUGCGUGUGGGUGUGUGUGUGUGGAGGGAGGGAGGAAGAGUGUUGAGUGUGUAUGUGUGUAUGUGUGCCUCCAAUAGACACGUAAGAGAUCUUGCAAGAGGAACUUUUCUCAGCACUGAAUAAAAAUUGGCGACUGGAAUACACAGUUUACCAUGCCGCCAUUUAAUUUAUCCUCCAAAACUGGAAGGCUGGAGAAGAGUUAGAUGCCAUAGAAUGAAGCGCUGUAUGUUUCUGCUGAACCUGGGUCAACUCAGUUGCUUAAAGAAUGUUUUCAAUGUAUUUUGCAUGAAGUCGAGAGAGGUGAUAGGUAAUAAGCACAGCAGAGUUUAGUCAAUUGUGCUGCGGAAGCAAACUCAAGAUUUAAUUGCAGUAAUUUGCAGCAAUUUCCACCCUGAGUGUCUCUCUCUUGUGUUUUUUCUUUUGUUUUUUUUUUGUUUUUGUUUUUUGGUAGGUCACACACUAAGCUAAGUGCUUGACUUGUCGCUUCCUUUCAGCCAUAGUAUUUUGAGAUUUUUUCAAUGUGCUCAACCAUAUCAGUAUUAAUGUGAAUGUUUUCUGGCUUGUGAAAUACUCUUAAAAGAAAAAGCCUUGCCUAAAUCAAAAUAUGUCAGAUGUGGUUAUUUAAGAAGAAUAAUAAUGCAUGUCCAUGUAUUGUCAUGAAUCUAAAACAUGAAAGUGAUUUUAGAGUAUAUGGGUUUUUUUGGGGGGUUAUGUUGGCCUUGCUGUUUUUGAGGAUGUUGUUUAACUAUCCAAAAACCCUUGAGUCUUUAUCUACUUUUAAAAUGUGCUGAGAAACAAAGCUUUAACCCUUGCAGAGACAGGGUUAUGUUCCAACUGCUGAUCUAUAUCUUAUCGUUAUUAUCAAUUACCAGUAAACAACUAAAGUUCUGAAGAAGGUAAAACUGUUGUGUUAAAUCCUUUUUGAUGGAAAUAUUUUUCUGACAAUACAAGCUGCCAGGCUUUAUCUUCUCUCUUUUUUUUAAGGCCAGUUGUACCGGUCAGUGCGGAGAAGUGAUGGGCCGCGUGAUUUUGAUUAACAGACAUCCAUGUUGCAGUGUUUCUUUCUUUUCUCCAGGGCUGGAUCCUACCAUGAGAGCAGCAUGUUUGGUGAAAAGUCUUUCGCUGAUCUUCCAGCCCAACAAAAUGCAAAAAAAAUCUCUAGUCAGAAUUUCUUGAUUAUUAUGUAAAACUAUGUCAAAAUUACAACAAUAAUCAGCUUUUCAACUGUCAAUUUCAGAAAUUAUUCAAAAGACGUCACUGAAAAUAGACACUUGAAAAUAAGUCAUUUGUUAAAGAACAAAAACCAAUGAAGUAUGACGAGAUGAAACAAAGAAAUCCUCAGAUUCGCAAACGCUGUGCGUUUGUCAGACCUAUUUUUUAUUAUUUUAUAAGCAUCAGUCAACUAGGCAUUAAAGCAACUUACUGUAUAAAUUAUGCAGAGUUAUUUUCAUAUGUGACACAGUAUAAAACGCCAAGAGAGUUAAUACGAGUUGACCUCGGUCAAAAAUGCAAACUUUUUGAGUCCAUUUCUGCUAGUAGUAUGUUGAGCAUGUUAAGUAUUUUUAUAUCUGUACAUUUGGGCAAUGCAGUUUAGCAUUUUUGUUUUCAUACAGGUGUUGUUUUCUAAAAUCCAGUUGUAACAUCUUAAGUGCCUGUAAGUUUAAAAAAUAUAUCUGUAUAUUAUUUGUUUGUAAUCCUAAAACCACGAAUGCCUGCUUAACUCAUAAUCUAAUAGAGAUGAUUCCUAUACUUUGUAUGCAGUUCAUGAUGGUGAUGGAGAGAUUCCAGUGCCACUCACUUUUUAUACCUAAAGUUCAUGACUAGCCCUGUGCUUUUAAGGUUUUCAGGUGUUUAAUACAGCAUUAAUAUUUACAUCCAGCUUUCUUUGCAGAUGUAUAGCUUUAAGUGAACAAAUCCAAAGGGAACAUGUCAUUUGUAGCAUAAAGAAAUUUCGGUAAUGUACCCUUAACCUUCCUGUUUUAUAAGCAGUAUCAGUGAAGAGGAAUCUGUGCUACUUCUUCAUAUAUGCAAGGUAUUUUGGAUGUUGAAUCCAUUAUAUGUAUUGUGUGUAUAACUUUACAAUUAAGCAGUGUAUUAUUUUUAAUAUUAAUUAAUUGUAAUUCCUGCAAUGUAUGAAGUAAAACCUUUUGAAAAAGGGCUUUUGUAUAGAAAAUGUGACAAAAUAAAUGUUUUUACCUCUCCA